ACUCCGGUCCGGCUAUGGAUUUUAUAUAUCUAUGGAAGAAGAUGUGAGAGUGUGAGACUAAUCGCUGAUAAUAUCAACGCCCCACGUGACGAUAAGUGGACGAUGAUCCGCGCAAAAUAUGCCCGCUAAUUCCGAAUGCGACGAGUAUGCGAGAGAGCGAUAGUUUGAAGUAAAUAAAUAACGAUUGAUAUACCUACGUAAUAUAUAAUCACGAUUAAUCAGUUAGUGCAUACAAAAAGGGACCCCCGUAAGGAUUAUCACUGCGUCACGGAUAAUGUUAUUGAUUGAUUUUUUAAUGACUUACGCGUCGACGAGCAAACGACAAUUCCAUCACAACGUUACAUGGAACAAUAAUAUCGCUCUAUUAAUGAAAUACAUAUUCUUACUGCUGACCUUUCUUGUAAUUCUCCAAUUAACACCGUCGGCUGUUGUCGCGGGUGAUUCCUUGGGAGAUCCAUACAAGAUAUUAGGUGUGUCAAAACAUGCGACUCUGCAGGACAUUCGAAAGGCGUACAAGCACCUCGUCAAGGAAUGGCAUCCAGACAAAACUGAUCAUCCAAUGGCUGAGGAUAAAUUUGUAGAAAUAACAAAAGCAUAUGAACUUUUGACAGAUCCAGAAAGAAGAAGGAAAUUUGAUAAUCAUGGGAUCACAGAGGAAGGAAUUCCCAGACAAAGAAGGGACAGUAGUCACUUUAAUGUUCUUGAUCCAUUGGAAGAAUUAUUUAAUAGUAAUUUUAAAUUCCAUUAUCAAACUAGAGAUAUUACGUUGUUCCACAAAAUGAGUAUCACUUAUCGAUCGUUCGAGAAUGUGAUAAUACCCAAAACUUAUCGUACACCAUAUUUAAUUUUAUUUUACUCCGAUUGGUGCUUUGCAUGUCUGCAAGUAGAGCCCACUUGGAGACGAUUAAUUGAUGAGUUGGAACCUGUAGGACUUGGCUUGGCUACAGCACAUGCCAAGAAGGAGUCUACAUUGGCAAGAAGACUCGGCAUUCACUCACUUCCAUGUCUUGUUGUUACUCUAGAUGGACGUACUAGCGUCUACAAAGAAUCUUUAUUUAGUAUUCAGAAAAUUGUUGAAUUUGUACGAAAUAGAUUACCAUAUAAAUUAAUAAGUACAAUUAGUAAUACCAAUGUAGAAAAUUUCUUAUCGGGAUGGACGGAUAAUAGAAUUCGCGCAUUGAUAUUUGAAAGGAGAGAUUUUAUUCGUUUACGAUAUUUACUGAUGUCUUUUUACUAUAGAGAUCGAGUAGCCUUCGGUUUUGUCCAAGUUGGUAUAUCUGAAACUGAGAACAUAACGUCGAGAUAUAAAAUCUCAGGAGAAUUAGAUACUUUAUUGCUUUUUAAUGAGAAUUCUGAAAAGCCCAUGGCAUCCAUUAGUAUGAAGGACAUUUCUAGUGAAACCAUGCAUAAUGUUAUCGCUAAUAAUAAGUUUCUCGUAUUGCCAAGACUUUCAAAUCAAGCAAUGUUGGACUCUAUAUGUCCGCCCGAAUGGUUAAGGCCGCAAAAGCGUCUGUGCGCUGUUUUAAUAUCGCAACAAAAUAGUCCUCUGCAUGAUAUGGCCAGGCACAAAUUUAGACAAGUUGCAUUAGAAUCUUCUUAUAGCACGGAUCGCGUCAGAUAUGCGUAUGUAUUCAAGGAUACCCAAUCUGAAUUUGUAUCUGCAUUAGCAGCUGGUGAAGGUAGUCCACUGGAACCUCUACUACAUAUCGUCAUCAUCUGGAGACGAGAUGCUAAUCACUUGAAGUAUGAAUGGCUUCCUCACGGAUGGGUUGAAGCCGCUCAGGACGAUCGUAUAUGGAACGAGACACGUAGACAUUUAGAAAAAACCAUACAAAAGUUGUUACGUGCCACUGAAGCUUUACCUUAUGCUGCUGUUGUAGGAGAACUAGCGGAUGAACAUGCACAGGGUACUGUAGAUAGACUGAUAGGAAGAGCAUUAUUAGCAGUAGAUUAUAUAUCUGAUAAUCUAACCAAAGAACAAAUUCUGCCUUUGAUAUCAGUAUUAGCAACUCUCAUGCUAAUUGGAGCUGCGGGAUACGGAAUGUCAUACCUAGUUAAGUUAGAAGAGGCAAGUGUUCAAGCUGACCGUACUCAAUGCAAAGAUAAUGCUAAGUCAAUUUCAUCACAACCGCAACUACGGUUACAUGAAUUACGGGCGGAAAAAUAUAAUGGAUUGGUUCGACUUUUAAAACCAGGUUGUAGAACUAUUAUUCUGUUGGUUGAUGCUCAAAGUCGAUUAAAGUUAUUGCCAGCUUUUCAUAAAGCUGUGUGGCCUUACAGAAAGAAUAAAACGCUCAUGUUUGCACAUAUGUCAUUAGAGAAGGGUCUUGAUUGGUACAAGAAACUGUUGUCACUCACUUUAUCUGAGCAGAAGGAUUUAAAUAUAAAUGCUAAGAAUUGUGUAGGCACUGUCCUGUCUUUGAACGGACAUCGAAAAUAUUUCUGCAUGUAUCAUGCUAAACAUCCAGAAUGUACCAAGGGUAAAGGUUCUAAGCGUAUUGAAAAGAUGACCAAGCAGCUUGCCCGAACACCGGAAGAUCCGGAAGCUGGCGCUUUUAUUGGUUUCGAGAGUUCUAACGAAUCCGAUUUGUCUCAAGAUGAGAGUGGAAACAACGUUUUAUAUCAGGACAAUCUUUUAGAUGGUUUACCGAUGUGGCUUGAUAGAUUAUUUGAAGGAUUAACGCAUCGUUAUUAUAUAAAUUAUUGGCCCGAGUUCACUGCCAAGUAAAGAGAGAACGAGAUAAAACGUUUCUUUUUUUUAUAUAUAUAUAAAGGAAAUUAUGUCGCCUAGGGACACAUAUCUUGGAAAAUAUGCUAUGUACUUUAAUACUAGCAGAUGUUUAAUAGUUUGGUAAUCUUGCUUCAGUUGUUGUUUGCUUACAAUUUAAUUAUCUACAUAUUUCGCGCAGUUGUUUUAUUUUGGCCAAAAAAAGGAUUGUUUUCAGACAUAUUUUUUUCAUUAUAUUUGUUUUCCAUUUUUUUAAAAAAGAAAGUUUUUUUACAGAUAGGUUUAUAUAUAUUGAGAAAUUUACAUAUGAUUUUUAUUAUACACAAUACAUGCAUAUAGUAUAUUUACAAAAUCAUAUUUCAGUAGACCUACAUUUUCGAAUAUUUGUAGAUAUAUAUCUUAAUAUAUAUCUAUAUAUCUUUUCUUUCUUUUUGUAAUAUAAUGUUUCACAUAGAAAACAUGAAUCUAUAAUUAAUUACAGCAGUGCUACUUAAAUGAUAAAAUGAAUAUAUAUAUAUAAAAAAUAGAAGUGUUUUUUUUUCAGAGGAGUUAUCGUCGUGAUAUAGUAUAUUUAAAAAUAUCUGCUCAAUCAAAUUAUAUUUGUUUAAUGUGCUCAAUGAGAAAGAUCAGUAGAUUUACGAUUUACAAACACACAUUUACAUUCAACACAAUAAUGUAUUAUAUUCAAAGUCUCUCUGAAUAGAAAUAACCAAGCAAAAAAAUAGAUGCAGUAAUAUAAAAUAAAAAGCGAAAGUGAUAUUAGAAAUUUAUUCUUGUUUGUUUAAACAAAAA